AAGAAACAUAAUUGUUUAUCAUCCAUCGCAGUUUUGAAUCCACGGUUUUGGGCUGUUGUCCAAUCAGCGUCCGAGAAAGUUGAGCGACGCCAUGUUCUUUUGAGCAUGUGAUCGCUCGCCGGCCGUUUUCAAACUGGUGUUGCUGGCGUCUGUGCUGGCGUCGUUGUGUUCGCUGUGUCUACACAGACACGGUACAAAAAUGUGCGUGUGGAGGUGAUCGCAGUGGCUGCACUUCUUGAAGUAUCCUGCUUUUGCGGAGAGAAGUCACCAUGGGUGACACACGGGAUCGUCAGUACAGAGCGACGAGGCUGUGGAACAGCGUCAUCAGGUCCUUCCGGGAUGGCAUGCCCAAGGGUAAACACAGGCGGCACAUGAGGACCUUUGACAACUGCUUCGUGGCGAGCGAUGCGAUUUCGUGGCUUCAUGAACACCUGCAGGGUGACCCCAACUUUGGACCCGCCGUUACCAGGCACCAGACGAUGCAACUGCUGCAGAAGUUCUUGGAAAACAGGAUUAUAGAGGCUGUGAAGAGUGGCAAACCUAAAGUCAUUCAAGAUGACAAGCAGCUGUACAGGUUCACUGUCUACUCCCCUGCCAAGACCCCACCUUCUUCGAAGUUCCCAAUAAAAGUUGGAAGUGGCCGGACACCGCUGUUGGCUCGAGAAAACCGGGCAAACUUCCCUCCCGAGGCUCACCGUGUGUCGGCAAAAGCCCUAGUGUUCUUGUUUGGGGCCAAGCCAGACGCUAACAGGCCGCUAGCUGCCGAAGUCGUCAAGGACCCUUCUGAAGGCUCGACCGAACAAGAUGCGGGUCUAGUCACUCGGGAAGAAAUUCAAGGCAUCUGGGAAUCGGUGGUUGUGGCAAGGCUAAGAUGCCUCAUUGGAGAGGAAGCCACAGAUGGAAGCUUGAAUGGUUUUCGCAUUUCCGGAGCAGAUAUACUGCACAACAUGUAUCGGCUUAGCCGCAAUGGUGUCGUCAUUCUUCUCGACAAGUCUGAUGACCUGCCAAAAUGGAUAAUCAAUGCAAUGAAGUGCCUCAUCCACUGGCCUCGAGCGUCAGGGGCAGGAAGCUGCCUGCCCAAUUACCCAGGUUUUGAACUGGAUGUGCUGAAGGUGGUCAGCGAGUUCUUCAGUGGCCUUGGAACUGCUUUUGUCCCCCAUCCUAUAUUGAGGCUGUUCUACCAUGCUUUUGGUCCACUCGCAGAAGGCUGCAAGGUCUCAGAGGAGCCACCAACCCCAGAUGCAUCGGUUGAAAAUCUUCUCCACAGCAUGUCGAUCUUAGCACAGCCAGUUGACUCAACGGCAAAGGCACAGCAGACUAUUAGGCCAAGUCUUCAACCGUCGCUUUCCGGCCGACAUUUGGUUUAUCGCACCGACUUCGAAUCGGCAGAGCCUGUGACAGUGCUCGUCGAGUCACAGGGCUCGGUUGGCUCUGUGGAGCGUGCGUUGGCAUUGAGUGCCGAGACGGCAAGCACCAUCAGCUCAUGCAGCGGCGGCUUUGCUCGACCUUUGUCCCCGACCUACAGUGAUAUUUACAACGAUGUCUACAAUCCCGCCUGUGGCGUCGGUGUUACUGGCUUCAGCGGCGGUUUUGACACAGACAAGAAGCCCAUCGGAAAACAAGAGUUGCCGCGAAGUUCGUCUGUCGAAGAUCUGAGAGAUGCAAGACAUUUCGCUCGCCCGACGGUGUCGGCCCCCAAGGAGGCAUUAGUGCGGAGCACAGCAUCGUUGAACGUCGAUGGGUUCUUGACCUUGAGGCAAAUCAAAAGGGAACAGGAAGCGAGAAGAGGCAACAUCCAAGUUGGGGAGGGUUACGUGAACCUCGGCUACGGGUCUAGCGGCAGCUUGAACAAUGACUGGCAAAUGGCGCUGCAGCGUUCGGCCGGAAGUGUGUCCUACACGACGGCACCGACUCAAAUCAGCGUGGCAUCCUCUCGAGACAGCAGCUUCGUGUCAGCGAGUGACAGUGUGAUGUGCCUGCGUUACGCUAGGUCAAAUCCUAGUUGUGAGAGCUUGCCAGUCCUGGCGCACUCCACACCGGCGGAGACAGGAAAGACUGCGGGGCCAUUCUAUGCGAGCAUCUCUUCGUUGAAGCCCAGGGAAAGCGCCGAGGACCAGCGGCGGGCAGUGAAGGUGAUGCAGGCGGCAUCGCUUCUGCUUCCGCCCUGCAGACGGCGAUACCUGCACCUACUCCUGCGUUUCAUUUACAAGACGUCGAGGAAUGAAGUGCUCACCCUGAGCCCCCACCAUAGCAACAUGAGUGUGUUGCUGAACACCUUUGCGUGCAUUCUGAUGAGCACCAACGGCAGCUGUUUGGAAGCCACUCCCGACACAGCCCAGGAACUCCUCGCUUUUCUCGUGAAGCACUGUGACCGGAUAUUUGCUCCCCCACGUGAACUGCACCUGGAGGUGGAGGCGCGGCUCACCAUUCUGCGAAGGGAACGGGGCGACAAGAUGGUCACCUACUGCCAGCGGGUCACGCGCGAGCAGUUCGAGGCGCAGAGGCGGACACAUUCCGAGCAGGCCCUGAUGGACCUCUUCGACGACAUCCUCCGUGACCCCAGGAUAUCAGACAAGGAGCGCAACACGAGGAUGAAGCAGUUCCAACAAAAUUACCCUGACAUCUACAACAAGAAGACUUGUGACGAAACUGUUCCAGUGACUUUCAAGAGGAACAGCCGUUCAAGAGCCACCGUGAUUGGUUUGCUAAGGAGUCUGAGAUUAUGAUUUGGCUUGAGAUUUUUGUGACCCUGUACUUCUGACCCAAGAAUAUGAUCUGAGCUGACAAUCAGCUGUUUGAACAAUUGGCUGCUUGGCACAAGGGAAUUGUUAUGCUUUGUUUUUUAGUGCAUGUACUGCUGUUGUACUUUCAUUGCCAUAUGCAGUUAUAGAUGUGCACCUUACAUUUUGUUUUAUAGAUUUUUGUGCUCAGUCAUGUUAAAUGUCGCUGGUAGCAAGGACCAAUGUCUACAAAAUGUUGGCUGGGAACACACAGAGCUGUCACACUCGCAGCAUUCAGCUCAAUUUUGGUUACCUUUACCUUUUUCUGUUUUGUAUUAUAGUAAAUGUGUCCACAUUCCAUCUCACAAGUAGUUUGCAGUGUUGCCGAAAGUACGGGGCAUACACAAGCAAUAUCCUUGCACAGCGGAAUACAGCUCCGGGCGUAACUGUCUGGUGGGAUUAGAGAGUUUUGCUUUUGCUUCGUACAUUAUACGUUACAGCAAUAUGUGACAUGCUACGAUGUUUGUGCAUGCACAUUGUAUACUGCGAAUUCAGCAGUCGCUGAGCGGACAACACAGUGCGAUAAACACAUCUCAAGGGGCAUUCGGCCUUCUUAUUGGCUAAGGAGUCUUGCAGCUUGCACAGUGCUGCAAACAACUUGUGAGAUAGAGUAUAGAUCACAGUAGUUGGCAAUUGUGUUUCAUUCUCUGUAAAUUAAGUGCAACACUAUGGAGGAUUGACGUGUAAAUAACACUGAUGCUAUGUAACUGCAACAAAAACAUGAAUUCAUAUAUGUAUGUCCUUUUUAGUGCUUUUCUCACAUCGGUAGGAAACAGACUUGGCAUAAAUUGAAAUUCUGUAGCUGGUUACAAAGCAUAAAGUAGUCCCAAAUGUACGUUUCGGAGUCUGAAGUAAGCCGCUGUUUCAAAUGCAGGUGAACCUGAAAAUGAAACAAUGCAUCGGAGUAGUUUUGGAAUUGUUUGCAUAUAAACUUAUGCCAAUAGUAUGUACAGUGAAUGUCUGCCUGUUGAGGGCUUACUGUCCUCUGCUUUGCUGUACUUGCCUGCUCCCGCAUUAACUCACGCAUAGUGCGAGUCAUGCUUAAAGGAACACGUUGUUCACAGCGAGACAAAACAAACUUUACAUUUUAUCUGUUUUCUUUCUCAUAACUGGCCACCAUGACAUGCUAAUGUCAGUAAAGAAAAACUUGUAUUCAUGCAGCCCUUCAUGUCUCACGUGGCUUGUUCUCACGUGACCUUGGUUUAUCAGAACUUGAAGCUGGGCCCAGUUGGCCCUACAGGCACAACGUGCAGGCUGAAAACAAAGAAAGCACAAAACAGCAUUGUCCUUGUGUGCUUCUGCCAUUAUGGAAUUCUGGGAGACAAUGCGGAACUAUUUUCCUUUGCUUGUUUCUGCUGAUAUGGAAUGCUGAAAGACAAUUCUGGACCAGCAUUGUCCUUGUGUUCUUUUGGAUAAUGGAAUUCUGGAGGACAUUGGUGAACCAACAUUGCCCUUGUUUGCUUCUGCAGUAUAACUUGCUGGAGGACAAUUCUGGGCCAGCGUUGACUUUGUCCUCCUUUACUGGAGGACAAUGCUUCCCUAGUGUUGUCCUUGUCUUCUUGCGUUUUUUUUUUUGUUUGCUGGCCAUACCUUUAGAGACAUUUGGGCUUUUUGUAUUUGAAACCACAGUAUUGCUGCUAUUUUAUGUACCUCUAUGUGCAUAUUUGUCACACGUAGUGUACUCAGGGAUUUUGCAUGCAUUCUGAGAGCCCAGUCAUUUUUACUUUAUGUGUUUCAAUGCAAAAGCUAUUCUGGGUAGCCUUCUCUGCCAAAGAUCUGCUGGAUGUGCCAUACACUUGUGCUCAAUGAACUACUUAUGGCUAAUGGCCCUGUAUAUUUUUUAUGCCGCUUAAAGUAUUAAUGUGAAACUUUGUGGUGCUAUGAGAAAAGCGAUUUAAGCUUUUGAUGACCUGCAAUGUUCUUCAGUCAAGGUCAACUACAUUUGUAUGUGAUCAUGCUACAAACGAAGCACUAGUCACAUAUGUACAAUUUUAGUUUUUAUUGCAGAGCGCUUAUAUUUGUCAUUAUUUGAUAAUUUGCAGUUGUACCUGCUAGCUUGUUUUGUGCUAUCAUAUAGCACAUUGUAUUGUAAUACACAUUGAAUAAAAGCAUUGUCAUUCAGCA